GUUUCUUCUGUAUUACAUUUCCUCUGUCAUUCUAAUCAUCCCCGAGUAUGGCUUCUCCAUCCUCGCCAUUGAAUUAUCUUCCCCAGCCUCCAUUUCCGUUCCCGUCUUCAUCUUUUUCACAUCAUCUAUAUUUGAUUCCCCUAUCGUUGAACAGUUUCAGAAUUCAAAGGUUGAAAAUCUCUUGUUCUGCCCGAACAGUGGAAAUUGGCACCCAGCAAAAUAUCCCCGGACCCAAGAAGAAAAAGAGAAAGCCCAGACCAAGCUUCCUUGACCAGGUUCAAGAAAAAUGGUCCCGGAAAACUACUCUUUUCGUUGAUAAACUCCCAUGGGAAGAGCAAAAAGCUGAAGAAUCUGAAGGAGAAGCGGAGGAGCUUAUUGAUGCAAUCGAAGAACUUGAAGAGGAAAAUGAGCCGCAUUCCAAUUUGAUUGUGUCUGAGUCUGUGAGAAGUGGAAAGAGCUCUGCGGUGGUUAUUGCUGGAAACGCAAUUUUACCUCCUUGGGUUCGUGGAAAUAAGCAGAGGAAGGGAACCCAGAUUGAUUAUGAAGAUAGAAGCUCAAUUAAAACCAUUCAAGAUACAGAAACGGGCAAUGCUUUCACUACUGUUACUCAGGAUGCUAAGGUUUUGGAAUUGGAGGAAAAAAUUGAUGUUGAUAAGGAAAUUGGAGGAUAUGGCUCCAAGGAUGAUGAUACCGCAAUUGGAUUAUCAGAGAAAGAUAAAGUUUUGUUCAAUGGGGAUGAUGAAGGGGACGAAAUUGAUGAAAGUAAUGAGGUGGAAAUUUUUCGGCAUUUACUGGACGAAAAGGAUUCAAUGGAUGCUAGUAGUUCUGUGCCGUUGCCGUGGGUGAGCGAGAGUGAUAAAAAUUCUGAUGAAGUUAGAAAGUUGAUAAACAGAAAUACCGAGAUGGCAGAGAAAAUGAUACCGGAGCCUGAAUUGAAAAGACUGAGGAAUGUGUCUUUGAGGAUGGUGGAAAGGAUAAAAGUUGGGGCAGCCGGUAUAACGCAGUCAUUGGUGGACUCUAUUCAUGAGAAAUGGAAGGUGGAUGAAGUGGUGAAGUUGAAAUUUGAAGGCCCUCCUGCAAUGAACAUGAAGAGGACACAUGAAACUCUAGAGAGUAGAACAGGAGGUUUGGUUAUUUGGAGAUCCGGCAGUUCAGUUGUGUUGUACAGAGGAAUGGCAUACAAACUUGAUUGUGUGAAAUCAUAUACUAUACAAGCUCAAGAAAAUGCAGAAGAAUUAGAAUCUUCGGUAGCUUUGUCUAACAAUGUUACCCGAAAUUUCCGGAUCAACAAUGGUCCUGGACUUGGUGAAACAUCCGGAAAUGAAUCUUCAAAGUACUUGAACCAACUAUCUGGAAAAGAACUCCGAAAUCUAACUGAGCUGAGCCAACUUUUGGAUGAACUCGGUCCAAGGUUUAGAGACUGGUCAGGGCCUGAGCCACUGCCUGUUGAUGCGGACUUGUUACCUGCUGUUGUUCGUGGGUACAAGCCUCCAUUUAGAGUUCUUCCUUUUGGGGUUAGACAGAAUUUACGUGACAAUGAAAUGACGUUUCUACGUAGGACUGCUAGAGGUUUACCUCCACAUUUUGCCCUCGGAAGAAAUAGAGAGCUGGAAGGGCUGGCUGCAGCCAUGGUAAAGUUAUGGGAGAAGAGUGCCAUAGCUAAGAUAGCCAUAAAACGUGGUGUAUUGAAUACUCGUAAUGAUAGAAUGGCAGAAGAACUCAAGGUGUUAACUGGGGGUACACUAGUGUCAAGAAACAAAGAAUACAUCGUUUUUUACAGGGGAAAUGAUUUCUUGACAACAAAUGUGACACAAGCACUGAUGGAAACUGAGAAAAGGAGCGGUUCACAACAUGACGAGGAAGAAAAAGCUCGUGAGAAAGCCCUGGUCCUGCUCAAUUCAAAUAUCAAAACUGCUAAAGGACCUUUAGUUGCAGGAACUUUGUCCGAAACACAGGCAGCAACCUCACGGUGGGCCAACCGGCCAAGCAAUGAAGAGCUGGAGAAAAUGAUGAGAGAAGCAGCUGUAGCAAGACAUGCUUCUUUGGUUAAAUUUCUUGAGAACAAGCUAGCCAUUGCAAAAGGGAAGAUAACAAAGGCUGAGCGGGCUCUCUUGAAAGUGCAGGAAAAUCUAAAACCUAACGAGUUACCUACUGAUUUGGAAACCAUAACAGAUGAAGAACGGUUUUUAUUCAGAAAAGUUGGUCUCAGCAUGAAACCUUAUUUGGAGUUAGGGAGGAGAGGGAUCUUUGAUGGUGUCAUAGAAAAUAUGCACCUGCAUUGGAGGUUCCGAGAGCUCGUAAAGAUAAUUGUGGAAAGGAAAAGCUUUCCUCUGGUCAAACACAUUGCUAUUUCUCUCGAGGCUGAGAGUGGUGGGGUUUUAGUAUCAGUGGAUAAAACCACGAAAGGAUAUGCCAUAAUUGUGUAUCGAGGGAAGAAUUAUGAUCGCCCUAGUAUAUGCAGGCCCAAAAAUCUUUUGACAAGAAGGCAAGCAUUAGCUCGUGCAAUUGAGCUUCAGAGACGUGAGGCACUUAAGCGUCACGUAUCAGAGUUGCAAGGAAAAAUUGCGGAUCUGAAGUCUGAGCUAGAACAUAUGAAAACUAUUAAGGAGAUUGAUGAGGAGACUUUAUCCUCUAGGGUGGAUUAUGCUUCAGAUGAUGACCAAGAUUUGCAAGAAGUAAGAGGCAUUAAGUUUUCUGAUAUCCCUUGAAUUGCUUUGUGUUGGUCAUGUUUGUGAAAAUCUGUGGAGGACUAGACAAGCCUGGCAGUUCUCGGCGUUAAUUUUAGUGGACUUGUUAAACAACUUGACUACUUCUUUGUGCGUUUCUUCAGCUGGCGCAAAAUUUAUUUACCCAAGUGUGAUGUCGGUGGUUCCUUUAGUUCUCAAUAGAGAGAGGGUGUGCAAUUCUAAUCUAGUUUCGCUCUUCUCCCUGCUUUCUUAUUGUAUUAAUCAUGUCACUUUAUCUGCUGUCACUUUAUCUGCUAGUUCAGAUCUUUAACUGUUUUUAUGUGGAAUGGAGUUGAUGGACUUAACAUCCGUUGCACCAUAUCAAACUGUUAAUUAUGUC